AUGAAAUUACAGGUAGAGAUAACAUGUAGAGGACAGCAGCUUCUGCCUUUCUUCACGUUGCAGCAUGUAAGAGAUAACAUAUGGAGUCUAAGGGAAGCACCGGCUUUGCUUCCAGACUCCUCAACCACAACCACUGAUCAUGUCAUGGUGCUGCACUAUGCUAGGACGGCCUCCACUUCUGCUUCAAACUGA